UUGCACAUCAUCAAACCACCAACCCUACCCCCUACCCCCCUCUUCCCCGCCUCAACCGUGCCAGCUACACCACUGCACCACUCAACAAACACCUACGACAGAGGGUGACAACCGUGCCCUCUCCCUCUCCCUCUGUUUGUAUAUCGCCCAUUAACCGGUCGCUCACCGGCAAAACUCCGUCUGCGUGUGGUGCACAUCGAGCGGCAGUGAGCAGCACAAAAUUGCGAUUGCGUCUCCGUGUGUGUGUAUGUGUGUGUGUGAGAAAGAGAGCGAUAAAGAACAAGAGAGCAAGAGAGAGAGAGAGAGAGAGAGAGAGAGAGAGAGAGUGGGAGAGAGAUCGAGUGAUAAUAAUUGUGCACACGCACGCGUGUACGCACGCCCGCACUGGCACGUGCUGUCGAGGAGAUCCGUUCUAACGCGUUUAGCGCGCACGCCAGACCUUAGUGAAUCAUGGUCACGGUGGCUGACAGGCAGUGACUGGUAGACGUAGUGGAGCUGUUUCGAGCGCCGUGUGUGUGUGUGUGUGUGUCUGUGUCCGUGUGCCGUUUAUAAAGGGCAGUACAAAGUAGCAACCAGCACCGUCCCUUCACCGCCAUGAUCGUUGGCGAGCUGCCGGUAGAUAGUGCGUUCGCGCGACCACUGGUGCGGCCGAGUGUGAAGCUGGGAAGGGAGCGGGCACCGAUCGCCCAGAGCGAACAGUUGGAAAGUGAGCUAGCGUCGCUCGGUGGCGGCGGCAUUGGCUCGACCGUUGACGAGGGCGAGCCCGACGACGCACACCAAGGGGACGAUGCGCAUCCGGCACUAGCGAGGGACAACAGCGCACCGUACCUGGCAGUGCCGCGCGGGCACGACCACGACCCGGACAGUGGGCUGCAGCUGCUGGCCCCGAAAACGGGCGGCUCGAUACUGAGCAGCGGGAAGACCGGGAUGCCGGCCAAGUACAACCAUCACCAUCACGGCGGCUCGGCCACGAUGCUCGACCAAAUCCCGGAGGAUGGGCUGGAAUCGCGACGAAACGGUGGCGGCGGAGGUGAGCACUACACAUCGGGACGGCGCUCGUCGUCGGUGGCGCACGACGGCCACGGCAAUGGGCACGCGAAACCGUCGCUGAUGGCCGCCAUACGCCGCGGGUCGCUGGCGUGGCUGCCGGGCCGGCGGCACCACAACCACAACGACCUCGAGUCGAACAUGGGCAGCAAGGUGUCGCUCAGCCAGCUGCCCCCGUCGAGCGGUCCGCUCAGCGAGCAGGCGUUGGAGUCGCGUCGCAAGAACCGACGCUUUGGCGACGAUGCGCUCAGUACGGCUCUGUCGGCGCUGUACGCGAAGAUUGUCGUCAUCCUGGGCAUUGCGCUGCCCGUCACCGAGAUCCUUUCCUCCCAGAUACCGGCCAACGUGUACCAAGGGUUCUACCUGUUUCUCUACACCGUCAGCAUCGUGUUCGUGAUCUUCGUGUACGCCUCCACCAUGCGGCGGCGCGCGGUGCUCACGCUAAUCAAGAGCUAUCAUGAAAAAACGAACAGCAGCAGCGGGUCGGUGAAGAAGCGCAUACCGCACUUUGGCAGCUUCUAUCUGCGCGUCGGUGCGAUCGCGUUCGGCAUCGGCACGAUGGUUUACUCCGGGCUCGAGUUCGGCCAGUACUUCGAGCUGAACGCGUCGCCCGGCUGCUCCAGCAUCUUCAUCGCGCUAACGCCGGCCGCCCGGAUGCUGCUCUCGCUCGUCCAGAUGCAGUUCAUCUUUCUCAACACGUCCGACCUGGACAUGGCCCGGCACAAGGUGUUCGCGCGGUUCGGCCUGAUGCACAUGGUCGCGACCAACCUGUGCGAGUGGCUGUACGUGCUGGUGGAGGAGACGAAGCACGAGAUCCACCAUCUCGCCCACACCGCCCAUCAUCACAAAGACGCGGGUGGGUUCGACACUCACGCCGCACUCAGUACGGCCACGCCCGCACCGAUCACCACCACCUCCACCACGACCGAGGGCGCCGGCUCGUCCGAGGAGCUGCUGCUCGACGCGCUCAACCACACGCUCGUGCGCCGAGCGACCGGCGCCGACGCCGAGUACGUCGAGUGCCAGCGAACCAACAUCAUGGGGUCGCUCGUGCAGAACGUGUCGCCGUUCCUGUUCCCCUGCACGAUCGAGUACUCGCUGAUCUGUGCCGUCAUACUGUACGAGAUGUGGAAGAAGGUGAAAACGAUCGCCGAGAUCGACCGGACGCGCCGCAGCUCGAUCAAGGUGCAGACCGGGGCCGGCUCCAAGAGCGCGCACCACUUCUCGGUCGACUGUUCCCGGGCGCACCGGGGCAUGUUCGGCGGCAUACUGCUGACCGUGCUGACGAUCAUCUGCCUGAUCAUGUACUUCGUGCUGUACGACGAGCCGGGCUACGAGUACUUCGCGAUCCAGGAGGUCACGAUCGCGGAAACGCUCAUGUACGCGCUGACCGCGGUUGCGGUGGUGGUCGCGAUGCUCAAGAUGCGCGACCUCAAGUACCAGCGCAAGAAGAACGACCAUCACAGCGGGUCGAUCAGCCUCGACUGUACGCUGCUGGUGCUCGCCCAAACCGGCGUGUACGUGUACGGCAUGUUCAGCAUCGUCGGCAGCUACUUCUCGAUGCGGCAGGGCGUGCCGGGGGCGCGCGAGGGCCUCGUGGCGGAGCUGUUCAGCCUGAUACAGACCUCCAUCCAGACGCUCUUCAUACUGAACGCGGUGUGGCGCAAGUGCCGCGGUGCGCAGCAGAACCGCACCAAACCGGGGCGCGAGAUUGUGACGUUCCUGCUGGUCGCCAACAUGGCGAUGUGGUUCAUCAACACGCUGAUCAAGGGGCGGGCCAGCUUCCGGCCCUCGCAUCUGGACUUUUUCGGCACCUGGGCCUGGACGGUGAUUACGCACGUGUCGAUGCCGCUCGCCAUCUUUUACCGCUUCCACUCGACGAUCUGCCUGUUCGAGGUGUGGAAGUCGACGUACAAGGUGAAGAUUAACGACCAUCACUAGCGGUCACUGGAAUGAGAGAGAGAGAGAGUGAGAGAAAGCGAGAGAGAGAGAGAGAGAAAGAGA